GUCAUUUAUUUAUUCAUAGGCCUGUCAUUUCACAAUAUUUAAUUAUCAUCCAAACAAAAUUUUCAAGUUCAAGAAAAUUCUGGAAAACUGACGCUGUUCUCCUCAAUAUAUAAUUUACGUACCUAUUUAUCAAAAUAACAUAUAAAUAUGGAUAUUUUUCGAAAAAUAUUUGGAUUGCCAGAACAUAAGUCUUAUGCAGAUGACCAAGACAGUUUUGACAACAGAAUGAAAACAAAACAACCAACUGAGCCACCCGAAACAAGAACUUUUUCUCAUUUUCCAAAUGACAACAAUUUUGAGAGCUUCAAUGUAUUUACUGACCCAGUAGAAAUGCAUAGAUAUUUUGAGCAGCAAAUGGAAAGCAUAUUUAAAAGUUUUGGAAUGCCUAGUUUUGGAAACUUUUUCAGAGCUUUGGAACAGCCUAGCAUGGAUGAAGAAUUUCAUGAUAACGAGGAACCGAAUAAUGAUAUGUUAGAUUCCCGAGAUUACUAUCUUAAGAGAGGAUAUGACAAACCCAGCUAUGAACAUCCGGCAUAUAGUGAAAAAGUUGAUAAAGAUGUUGAUGGAAAAUUAUCCAUAUCAGACAUUGACAGAUUUUUUGAUAACUCCAACAAUCAGCAGAGCUUAGUGCAACUUCCAACACGUAAAAAUGCUUCAGUUUUUGGCAAUAGCUUUUUUAACCAGUCUGUCCAGAUGAAAACUAUCAGAAAUCCUGAUGGGAGCAUUGAAGCUCAUAGGAUAGUAACUGACAGCGAAGGAAAUCAGGAAACUACUAUCACCAAAAAAUUGGGUGAGAAGGAAUAUACUGUAUUAAGAAAAAGAGACAAAGAAGGCAAAGAAGAAGAACAUGAAACAUUGAUUAACAUGACUGAAGAGGAAAAGGGUAUAUUUGAUAGGACAAGUAACACUGGCACGGCUAUGCCAUACACUCCACUUAUUGAUGAAUCAAUGUUCAGUAGGUUUUUUAAAUGAAGUAGUAGGUAGUAUUUUGGUUUGAAUGAAAAUACAAUUGUUUCAGGCUGUGUAAGCUAGAUUAGUCACUAUAGCUUUAAAUUCUAUAAUAUUUGAGAUUUGUAAUUUUUGAAAUCAAAAAUUCGGAAACUAGUAAAUUAAUAUAUACCAUAUUUUGACA